AUGUUCCGCCGCGCUCUGCUAAGCAGCCGUCUGGCCACUCCCGUCGAGUGCUCCGCCCGAACAAUCAGACCGGCAUUCGCGCGCUACAGAUAUGUCUCAAGCGCAGCCCGACUCCCUACAAUCACAGCAUCAGAGACUCGUCGCCGACCAACAGUGCGACCGCACCAGCAGCCCGCCUCGCAGGGCGGAGUGAACGGCCUCUCCCCAACAAGCAAGCGCACCAUUUUCAUCCAGACCGAGAACACUCCCAACCCGGAUGCCUUGAAGUUCAUCCCCAACCACCGCGUCCUCCCAGAGGACUUCCCCAGCACAUUCCUCGAGUAUAUGACCCCACGAUCAACCCUCGCGCCGCCACACCCAUCCCCGCUCGCGGCGAAGCUGCUCGAUGUCGAAGGUGUCACAUCCGUCUUUUACGGUACAGACUUUAUCACAGUGACGAAAGGGAGCGACGCGAAUUGGUCACACAUCAAGCCGGAAGUCUUCAGCAUCAUCACGCAAGCUGUGACCUCUGGCGAGACGAUCGUGACGACGGUCGAGGGUGCUAUCGGCAGCGAGCAGGAGAGUGGCGAGGACUCACUUUCUUUUAACGAGGAUGAUGACGAGGUUGUCAGCAUGAUCAAGGAAUUGCUCGAGACUCGCAUUCGUCCUGCCAUCCAAGAAGACGGUGGUGAUAUCGAAUUGAAAGGAUUUGAGGAUGGUAUUGUCAUGCUGAAGCUGCGUGGUGCUUGUCGCACUUGCGAUUCCAGCACCGUUACGCUAAAGAACGGUAUUGAGUCUAUGCUUAUGCACUAUAUUGAGGAGGUCAAGGGUGUUGAGCAGGCUUUGGAUGAGGAAGAGAUUAUUUCCAUGCAUGAGUUCUCGAAGUUCGAGGAGAAGCUGCGCCAGCAGAAGGGCGCUGCUGCUACAGCUAAAAUUGUUGUCACCGCUUCACUCUUUGAAACCCGCUAG